AUGGCAAACUCGGGAAUUCAACUUUUAGGAUUCUUCCUGUCACUCGUCGGUGUCAUUGCACUUAUCGUGGGGACCAUUCUUCCACAGUGGAAGAUGUCUGCGUACAUAGGAGACAACAUCAUAACGGCGGUUGCCAUGUACCAAGGACUAUGGAUGUCAUGCGCUUUUCAGAGCACAGGGCAGCUCCAAUGUAAAAUAUAUGACUCAAUCCUGCAGCUAGACAGUGAGUAUAAAUAAGCUAAAUAUUUAUUUGACCGUUAUAUUUCGAUUACGGUUUGCGCGUCCUGUGCGCACUCACGCACCGUGAAUUACGCAUGCAUAUAGCCCUAUAGGCUAUCUUAUUAUCAAAGUAGGAAUGUCAUGAAUAUGGUGACUUGUGUCGGGAAAGUCUAAUGUUGUACCAGUAAAUGGGAUUGAUUGACGGGAGAUGCAGGUGAGCAGACAUCUGAGACGGUCAGCUGAGGUCCCCACCCCUUUUCCUAUGGAGCAGUUCUUGUUUAAUGGAGCACAUUGAUUUCACUGAUAAAGGUGUCCCCUCGGGGCUGUUAGUCAUUUAAUUGCCCCUCUCAUGGUUAUCAUUUAGUAGCACCUUUUGUAUUAUUAUACAGUGGAAUACUGUUAACUCCUUUCCAGGUGCCACACUCACUGACACUUCAAUAACUCUGGAUACUACUCUUGAAAAAUCAUUUAGAAACGUAUCUGACAUUUACUCUUAUCAGAACCCCCUGUACACCUCCUGGAGUUCGUAUUCCUGUUACUGUUCCUGGCAACCUCCCAACCCAUUUCCCCCCUGCCCUCUCUGCUGUAUAUUCUCAAACGGCUGGGCCGGUCCACCCCCUAGGUGGUAAGGCCCCUACUGGCAUGCCCCCUGCCAAUUCAUCACCCACUAUACCCUGGCAUAGAAAGGUGGGACAGUGAGGGGGCUGGCUGGGGCUCCAGAUGCCAGAGACGUCCUGGUUCUUACUAACUAACUAACUAACUAAUGGUAAACAACCAAAAGAGGACAGAACACAGGAGUAGCCAUUGCGACAGCAACACAGUAACCUGUGCAGGAAUUUUACGCCCUUCCCCUCCCUCUUCCUCCCACCUUGGUUCGCCCUAGAACCUUAGGGAACCAUGAUGAAGAGAACCUGGGUGUAAUUUGAUAUAACUCCCCAUCUACUCUUCUUGGUUUCUCAUGUCAUUCUGGUUGGUGAGAGGGGUUUCAUUGAACAGAGAUGCUUGUUCAGAUUUAUGACACUUAGAACACUUAAGAGUUCCAGUUUUAACUGGUUGUAACUGCUGACAGUUGGAAUGGUACAGGGGGGUCAGGGUGGCACCGUGGGGUACAGGGGGGUCAGGGUGGUACCGUGGGGUACAGGGGGCCAGGGUGGUACCGUGGGGUACAGGGGGCCAGGGUGGUACCGUGGGGUACAGGGUGGUACCGUGGGGUACAGAGGGGUCAGGGUGGCACCGUGGGGUACAGGGGGGUCAGGGUGGUACCGUGGGGUACAGGGGGCCAGGGUGGUACCGUGGGGUACAGGGGGCCAGGGUGGUACCGUGGGGUACAGGGUGGUACUGUGGGGUACAGGGGGGUCAGGGUGGUUCCGUGGGGUACAGGGGGGUUAGGGUGGGACCGUGGGGUGCAGGGGUGAUAUUCCAUGGUAGUCCCAAUUUGCAUGACUGGCAUGCCCUCAUUGUGUUUAGAAUACAGCAGAAGAGGAGUAUUUCUUCCCUCCUUCCUCUCUCCUCCUACAGUCGUGGUCAAAAGUUGUGAGAAUGACACAAAUACUAAUUUUCAAAAAGUCUGCUGCCUCAGUUUUGAAGAUGGCAAUUUGUAUAUAUUCCAGAAUGUCAUGAAGAGUGAUCAGAUGAAUUGCAAAGUCCCUCUUUGCCAUGAAAAUGAACUUAAUCCCCAAAAAACAUUUCCACUGCAUUUCAGCCCUGCCACAAAAGGACCAGCUGCUAUCAUGUCAGUGAUUCUCUCGUUAACACAGGUGAGAGUGUUGACGAGGACAAGGCUCUGUCAUGCUGAUUGAGUUAGAAUAACAGACUGGAAGCUUUAAAAGGAGGGUGGUGCUUGAACCAUGGUUACCUGCAAGGAAACACGUGCCGUCAUCAUUGCUUUGCACAAAAAGGGCUUCACAGGCAAGGAUAUUGCUGCUAGUAAGAUUGCACCUAAAUCAACCAUUUAUCGGAUCAUCAAGAACUUCAACUUCAAUUGUUGUGAAGAAGGCUUCAGGGCGCCCAAGAAAGUCCAGCAAGCGCCAGGACCGUCUCCUAACGUUGAUUCAGCUGCAGGAUCGGGGCACCACCAGUGCAGAGCUUGCUCAGGAAUGGCAGCAGGCAGGUGUGAGUGCAUCUGCACGCACAGUGAGGCAAAUACUUUUGGAGGAUGGCCUGGUGUCAAGAAGAGCAGCAAAGAAGCCACCUCUCCAGGAAAAACAUCAGGGACAGACUGAUAUUCUGCAAAAGGUACAGGGAUUGGACUGCUGAGGACUGGGUUAAAGUCAUUUUCUCUGAUGAAUCCCCUUUCCGAUUGUUUGGGGCAUCCGGAAAACACCUUGUCCGGAGAAGACAAGGUGAGCGCUACCAUCAGUCCUGUGUCAUGCCAACAGUAAAGCAUCCUGAGACCAUUCAUGUGUGGGGUUGCUUCUCAGCCAAGGGAGUGGGCUCACUCACAAUUUUGCCUAAGAACACAGUCAUGAAUAAAGAUGGUACCAACACAUCCUCUGAGAGCAACUUCUCCCAACCAUCCAAGAACAGUUUUGGUGACGACCAAUGCCUUUUCCAGCAUGAUGGAGCACCUUGCCAUAAGUAGCAUAAGUGGCUCGGGGAACAAAACAUCUAAAUGUUGGGUCCAUGGCCAGGAAACUCCACAGACCUUAAUCCCAUUGAGAACUUGUGGUCAAUCCUCAAGAGGCGGGUGGACAAACAAAACCCCACAAAUUCUGACAAACUCCAAGCAUUGAUUAUGCAAGAAUGGGCUGCCAUCAGUCAGGAUGUGGCCCAGAAGUUAAUUGACAGCAUACCAGGGCGGAUUACAGAGGUCUUGAAAAAGAAGGGUCAACACUGCAAAUAUUGACUCUUUGCAUAAACUUAAUGUAAUUGUCAAUAAAAGCCUUUGACACUUAUGGAAUACUUGUAAUUAUACUUCAGUAUACCAUAGUAACAUCUAACAAAAAUAUCUCAUAACACUGAAGCAGCGAACUUUGUGAAGACCAAUACUUGUGUCAUUCUCAAAACUUUUGACCACGACUGUACAUCCCUACAUCACCCUCUCCCCUACCUCUCCUCCUAUCCCUUCUCCUCCCUCUCCUCCCCGCCCUCAAUCGCCCCCCUCCUCUCCCUCUCUCUCCUUCCCUCCAUCCCUCCCUCCCUUUCUCAGGGCUGGAGGGUUUUGUUUGUGAGCUCAGGAAUGGCCUGGACUGGCACAGACUGGUUUUGGGUGGCCUCUGCUUCUCCCUCCCUCUGUCAGUUUUAUGAGAUGGGGUGCCAGAUUAGAGGGUCCUGACAGUAGCUUUCACUACCCCCUCCCCUAAACAACAGCAGAUGGAAGAGAGAGUGAGAGAUAGUAGGGGGAGAGAGAGAGACAGAGAGAGAUAAAGAGAGAGGGGAGAGAGAGACUUGCUGAUCUUUUAUUUUACAAUAUAUCCCCCAUGUCUAUAAAUUAAAUAUAUCUAUAACUGUACCACACCCCUCCCUCCCUCCCUCCCUCCCUCCCUCUUUCUCUCACUAUCUUGCUACUCCUUUCCCUCCUCUCCCUUUCCUGCUCUCUCUCCCCUCCCUGGUGUGUGUAUGUGUGUGUCUCAGACACUCUCCAGGCCACCCGUGCCCUGAUGAUUGUUGGCAUCAUCGUAUCCAUUGCUGGGCUGGGCGUGGCCACCAUGGGCAUGAAGUGUACCACCUGUGGAGGGAACAACAAAGUGCGCAAGUCUCGCACCGCCAUGACUGGAGGCAUCAUCCUACUGGUUGGAGGUGAGAGUGAGAGUGAGAGUGAGAGAGAGAAUCUUUGUAUCUAUAACUGUAUCUUUCUUUAGGUAUAGGCACUACUUAUGUAACAUUACAUGAAAAGAUCUGUGUUAGAGGUCACCUGGUCAUUCUGGUCCAGUGUCUGAGAUCUUAGAGACUACUGCAUGUAGGAGGAGUUUGACCCUCUGUCUGGCCACCAGCUGCUCUCCCACUCAUCUAAGCCUGGCGAAGAGCUUUGGGUCGAAACAUUGCACAAUAAAAGUCCCACUCAUCUACCCAGGUUCCCUUGGAGGUCACGUAGGGAGAGAAUGGGCCAGUUUUACUGACUCUGUGGCUACUACUUUGACACUAUUCCCUUAGUGCAUUACUUUUGACUAGGGCCUAUAGGGAUCUGGUCAAAAGUAGUGCACUAUAUAGGGAAUAGGGUGCCAUUUUGGAUGCAGCUUAUUACUGUUAUAUAAGAGGUAAUUAGAACCUCUCAUCGGACAAUGGCAGUAAAAAGCUAAUGAUUAGGGCCUGUUAUUCACAAAGGGUCUCAGAGUAGAAGUGCUGAUCUAGGAUCAGUUUUUUCUUUUAGAUUAUAAUUAAUGGACAUGGGGGACCAGAUCUUAGCUCAUUUGGACACUCUUAUAGGACAAUGGCAGUAAAAAGCUAAUGACUGGGACUCAAUAGCUAGCCUCCAAUUGACUUCUUGAGAAGUGUUUGGCUCCCCUCUCUCAAAUACCUCUUGAUGAUGUCUCGAUGUACUGAUCUGUCUGUAUCGGUUUGUUCUUCUCCUUCAGCUCUGUGUGCGUUAGUGGCCUGCUCGUGGUUCGCUCACAAUCUCAUCCGGGCCUUCUAUAACCCAUAUACUCCUGUCAACACCAAGUAAGUAUCCCUACAAAGAGCCUGAAUUUAUUGGCCUUUUCCAUUCUAUUGAGUGGUCUUAUUUUAAAGGUGCAAUUUACAGAAAUCGUGCCACUAUUUCCUGUUUUCUAAAAUUCAGUUUAUGUGACAAAACAAGCAACGCAGUGUAGAGCAGGGGUAGGCAACCCUGCUCCUAGAGUGCCGCAGGCACUUCAUGUUUUUUUAUUUAACCAACCUGGAAGACGAGGUGUGUUGAAUUUAGGCAAUCACUGAGCUGAUCAAUUUACUCAGUUGGGCAGGUGUGGUGCCUAGUUUGUACAAAAUCCUUCAGUACCUGCGGCACUCCGGGAACAGGGUUGCCUAACCCUGGUGUAGAGAAUCGUUGUACCAAAAUAUUGUAUUUUCAGCUGUUUGAAGCUGGUGUAAAAAAAUGAAAGUAAAAGACACAAAAACAAAACUUAAGAACGGGAAGUAUAGAAAUAGCGCACAUAGAACAGAUCUACCGCUUCUUAGACUUCUAUUCAAUGAGAAUUACGGGUCUAUAACUACCAUUUCUAUGUGCAGUAAUACCUAGCAAACAAAGUUGGCUAGGAGUUAGAAACAGGGUGUCGUGUCUAUCGGCGCCAUCUUUUUUUUACAUUUUAGUUGACGCUCUUAUCCAGAGCGACAUACAGUUAGUGAGUGCAUACAUUUUCAUACUGGCCCCCCGUGGGAAACGAACCCACAACCCUGGCAUUGCAAGCGCCAUGCUCUACCAACUGAGCUACAGGGGACUUAAGUCUUUGAUUAGUGACUUAAAUUAAUGCUAGGCUGGAGCAAAAAUUUGCACACCACAUGGCUUUCCAGGAGAAGAAUGUAAGAACGCUGUUCUAGAACAACGUCUCACUCUUCUCUCCAUCUCCCAAUAACAGGUUUGAGUUUGGGGCAGCCAUCUUCAUCGCCUGGGGGGGUUCUUUCCUGGACGUGCUGGGGGGAGCCAUGCUGGCAUCUUCCUGCCCCAGGAGUAAAAAGCCGGUGCUCAAAUACCCUGUCAUGAGUGGCGUGAGUGCCCGCUCACCCUCCGGCAGCACCAAGGAGUACGUGUGA